AUGGAGGAGGAACUAAAGGAGCUGAAGGAGUUAGUUCUGCAGUUAAAAGCAGAUAAUGAGAGGCUGCGACAGGAACAGGCUGCAGCAAGGCCUGGUCCAAGCACUGCCUUGCCUACUACUUCUGCUCCUUCCACUUCCAGUAUAUCCAUGACUGAGAGGCUGGUUUUUGUCCCUCGUGACCGGAAAUGCCCCAUGUUUAGAGGGAAGUCAGGGAUGGGGUUGAACGAGUGGAUUGAGGAGGUUCAGGCCUGCAUGAGGGCGCGCCAUUUGUCCACAUCCGACCAGGCAUUCUUUGUGUUCGACCACCUCGAAGGGGAGGCAAGGGAAGAAAUCAAAUAUCGUCCUAGCGCAGAGAGGGAUGACCCAGAUAAGAUAUUUGCGGUUCUACAGGAACUGUACGGUUGUUCGGAGUCUUACGUAGCUCUGCAGGAGGCAUUUUUCUCCCGGCGGCAGCAAGAAGGAGAGACACUCCACGCGUUUUCCCUCGCACUGAUGAGUCUUAUGGCGUCGGUGAAAGCGCGUGCACCUAUCCUCUUCUCCUGCACCUCUGCCGUCCAGCCGGCAAUCCCGCUCUGCUCAGGACCCGGAAAACUAGCACCCGCCGAAUUGCAGAGCCACAAUUCGGGGGGAGUAGCCACUGGCUCAGGGGUCGUUUUCAGUGGGGUAGGGGAGGCUUUGAAGCUCAUGUCGGCUUGUCCACAGGUAGAGGUGAGCAUGGGAGAUGUUAGUGUUCCUUGCCUUUUGGAUACUGGGUCCAUGGUGUCUACAGUCACUGAAAGCUUCUUCCUUCAGCAUUUUGAGCCCUGGGGUUGGGAGAGGCUUCAGUCUUGCCAUUGGCUGCAGCUCAGAGCUGCCAAUGGAUUGGCUAUCCCCUACAUCGGCUACCUGGAGCUCGAUGUCAAGCUCUGUGGGAAGGUAAUGCCACGAUGUGGGGUGUUAGUGGUGAAGGACCCUCCUGUAAGUGGGGCCUCUCAGCCCCCUGGUGUCUUGGGGAUGAACAUCAUUCGCAGAUGCUACCGAGAGCUGUUUAGCCAGCAUGGGCUGGAGUUUUUUGAUUUGCCCUCGGUAGCUGAGGCACCAGAACCGGUCAUGCGGGCACUGCAAAAGUGCCAUAAGGCCAGUGGGCAGGCCCCUAGGGAUGUCACGGGCAGGGUGAAGGUCAGAGGCAGGAAGGCUUGUCGUAUUCCUGGUGGUACAAUGAAGAUUGUGGUGGGCACAUGUGCAGAACAGCACUCGGGGUCUAGCGCAUUGUUUGAACCCCUUGAGUCUGGCCUCCCAGCCGGACUACUUGCCUCGCCGUCCUUGGUCCGAGUGGUAAGAGGCACAGCCUACGUUCCCAUUGUAAACGUGGGCUCCUCGGCUGUCCUGCUUUACCCGCGUACAGUUGUUGGCACUUUACAUGAAGUUCGAGUGGUCAGCCUACCUGUGGGAAUCACAGAGGUUCCAUCCAGUGUAGCCACGGUGGCCUCCCAGGUAAUCUCCCCCACAGUGCAGGAGCAGAUAGCGGCCAUCGACCUGUCUGGCUUAGCCGUGGAUGAGCAAGGCAAGGUGAGGUCUCUCCUACAGAGGUACGAGUCUGUCUUUUCUGCCCAUGAUGGGGACCUCGGCUGCACUGACCUGAUAACUCACGACAUCCCCUUACUGGAUGAUAUUCCUGUCAGGCAGCGUUACCGGCGCAUACCACCGUCUGAGUACGAGGUGGUGAAGGAGCAUAUAAACCAGCUGCUCGAUGCUCAGGUGAUCAGGGAGAGCAAUAGCCCUUAUGGUUCCCCGAUUGUACUCGUGAAGAAGAAGGAUGGCAGCCUGCGAAUGUGUGUCGAUUAUAGACAACUUAACAGUAAGACCAGGAAGGAUGCGUUCCCCCUUCCACGCAUCGAGGAAUCUUUGGAUGCCCUGACUGGUGCCCGCUGGUUUUCUACUCUUGAUCUGGCCAGCGGGUAUAAUCAGGUCCCGGUUUCAGAGGCCGACCGUCCCAAAACAGCUUUUUGUACCCCUUUUGGCCUGUUUGAGUGGAAUCGCAUGCCCUUCGGGCUUUGCAAUGCCCCCAGCACAUUUCAGCGUCUGAUGCAGCGACUGUUUGGUGACCAACAAUGUCAGUCGUUGCUGCUCUAUUUGGAUGACAUUGUUGUCUUCUCCUCCACUGUUGAUCAACAUCUAGAGAGGAUGGAGUUGGUGCUGAGGCGGUUGCAGCAGCAAGGCCUCAAAGCUAAGCUUAACAAGUGUGCAUUCUUUCAGCGGGAAGUGCUGUACCUGGGCCAUGUGGUUUGUGAUAAAGGCGUUUCCACAGACCCCAGGAAGGUGGAAGUAGUGGCCAACUGGCAGCCUCCAUGUAACAUCUCCGAGCUGCGGUCAUUUCUCGGCUUUGCCAGUUAUUACCGACGCUUUGUGGAAGGUUUUGCCAAGUUGGCAGCCCCCCUUCACAGGCUGGUGGCCGAGCUGGGAGGCAAGAAGUCUAAGCCAACUGACCAGGCCCUUUUCGAGAGGUGGUCAGAGGAGUGCCACCAAAGCUUCGAGGCACUGAAGGCGAAGCUGAUCCAGGCACCAGUGCUGGCAUAUGCAGACUUCUCCUUGCCCUUCAUCCUGGAAGUGGAUGCAAGCUUUGGGGGCCUCGGCGCUGUGCUUUCACAAGAGCAGGAUGGGAAGGUUAGACCGAUAGCUUAUGCUAGCCGAGGUUUAAAGCCCACAGAGCGCAACAUGUCCAACUAUAGCUCCAUGAAGCUAGAGUUUUUGGCCCUUAAGUGGGCCAUGACAGAGAAGUUUAGGGAGUACCUGCUGGGCCACAAGUGUAUCGUAUACACUGACAAUAAUCCCCUCAGUCACUUGUCUUCAGCUAAGCUAGGUGCUACAGAGCAGCGUUGGGCUGCCCAGUUAGCAUCCUUCGACUUUGAAAUAAGGUAUCGCUCUGGGAGGAGCAACAAGAAUGCAGACGCUCUAUCUCGCCAGCAUCUGCCGGAGCCAUCAGCCCUGGAGGCCAUGGUUCCUGGCACACCACUCCCUGAGCCGCUGCAGCAGGCUUUGGGGCAUGCACCGACGGGAGUCACGCAGGCUGCUGUAGUUGCCCUGCCACAUCACACACCCUCUGAUCUUCAGGCCCUACAGGAAGCAGAUCCGGUUUUGCAGGAGAUCCUGGGGUUCUGGAGACGGAAGCGGCGACCUGAGGUGCAGGAGCGGAGACAACUAUCUCCUCCCGCUUUGGCGUUGAUCCGUCAAUGGGACCGGUUGGUCGAGAGUGAUGGGAUCCUGUACCGGAAGGUCUUCCGGCCCGAUGGGGCCGAGAUGAUGCUGCAGUUGUUGCUACCUGUUGCUUUAAAGGAAGAGGUGCUUACGCAGGUUCAUCAGGGCCAUGAUCACCAGGGGGUAGAGAGAACUUUGGGGCUACUGCGGCAGCGGUGUUACUGGCCAGGCAUGUCCUCUGAUGUGGCCCAGUGGUGUCAGGCUUGUGAAAGGUGCCAGGUUGCCAAAGACAACCAACCAGCAGCUCGGGCCUUUAUGGGGCAUUUGCUGGCAUCUCGCCCUAAUGAGAUUUUGGCCAUGGAUUACACUGUCCUGGAGCCGAGUCAUAAUGGCCUGGAAAAUGUGCUCAUUAUGACCGAUGUUUUCAGCAAAUACACGCUUGCUGUACCUACUCGGGAUCAGAGAGCCGCUACGGUGGCUCAGGUUUUGGUUUCAGAGUGGUUCUUUAAGUUCGGGGUCCCUGCCCGUAUACAUUCAGACCAGGGCCGUAACUUCGAGAGCUCCCUUAUUCAACAGCUCUGUAACCUCUAUGGCAUCCAGAAAUCCCGUACCACUCCUUACCAUCCAGCUGGUAAUGGCCAGUGUGAGCGCUUCAAUCGCACCCUCCACAACCUACUGCGAACCUUGCCAGUGUCCCGUAAACGAGAUUGGCACUCCUGCUUGCCACAGGUCUUGUACUCCUACAACACCACUCCCCACCAGGCCACGGGGGAGUCCCCAUUCUAUUUGAUGUUUGGGCAAGAACCUAGACUCCCAGUGGACUUCCUGUUGGGUAGAGUCCCAGAUCCUGUUGGCGGCGACAUUCAUGAGUGGGUUCAGGAGCACCAGGCUCGGUUACAGGUGGCCUUUGAAGGGGCCCGAGAAAGGUUGAGGGUCGCGGCUGAACGCAGGAAGAAAAACUAUGACCGACAUGUUCAAGAUGCACCGCUGAUGGAAGGCCAGUUGGUGCGGUUGCGGGAUUUUAGUGUGCGAGGCCGUCAGAAAAUCCAAGAUCUCUGGGGCCCUGUGGUUUACAGAGUGGUGAGAGCACCGACCGGCGGAGGGUCGGUAUACACCAUUGCGCCUGUUGACGACCACACCAAAGCCAGACAGGUCAAUCGCGCACUGUUAAAGGCAGUGGUUACUACUGCCCCUACUGGUAGUGCCCAAACUCCUUGUUCACCGCCUAAUGACCUGCCUCAGUCAGAAGAUGAACUAUCAGGUGACGAGGAUUUGUUUCUGCUGGGACAGGAGGCCUCCCGAGCAGCUCCGGCUCCAACAGCCGCAGCGCCCCACACGACUCCCCAGUCGCUGUCCACACCACCAGAAUCUGAUCCUACUGUACCCGGUAACGGGCCGCCCGUUUUGCUGGCUGUGCCUUCCGUCACCCUCGAGGUCCCCAGUGGAACAACAAUACGACGGACCGCACGGUCAACUGCUGGUCGACACCCCAACGUCCAUCGUUUACCACGAUCAGUCCAGGAGCCCGUCCAAGGGGCUGCGGACCCCUCUGACUUGGCCUCUAGUACGAGGCUGAGCGUGGCGGUGGUGGUGCAGGUGUUCCCGGGUGGUGGUCUCCUUCCUGUGUGA